AUGAAGAUUGCAGAGAAGUUGAAGCUGGCGCAUGCCUGUGCCAAUCCGCCUCCAGCCACAUUCUCCUUUGAAUUCUUUGUCCCUAAAACUUCGCAAGGUGUCCAGAACUUAUACGACAGAAUGGAUAGAAUGUACGAUUUGAACCCAAUUUUCGUUGAUAUUACCUGGAAUGCCGGAGGAAGAUCAUCGACUUUGACUAACGAAAUGGUCUACACAGCCCAGUCAACGUUAGGUCUAGAGACUUGUAUGCAUUUGACGUGUACAAACAUGCCGGUAUCGCUCAUUGACGAGGCCUUGGAGAAAGCAUACGCUUCUGGAUGUCAGAACAUCUUGGCCUUGAGAGGUGACCCUCCAUUGGAUGGUUCCGAAUCUACAGGUGAUUUCAAGUACGCCAAGGAUUUAAUUUCUUACAUCAGAAAAAAGUACGGCGACCACUUCAACAUUGGUAUCGCCGCUUACCCUGAGGGUCAUCCUGAAGAGGAGAGCGAUGACAAUUUGUUGCAGUAUUUGAAGGAGAAGACUGACGUUGGUGCUGAUUUCAUUAUUACUCAGAUGUUCUACGACGUUGACAACUUUAUAGACUGGUGUGCCCAGGUGCGCAAAAUCGGCGUCAACAUCCCAAUCAUCCCAGGUAUCAUGCCAAUCUCAACCUAUGCAGCUUUCAUCAGAAGAGCUAAAUGGUCGGAGAUUGCUAUCCCUCAACACUUCCUUGAUGCUUUAGAUCCAAUCAAGGAGGAUGACUAUGCUGUCAGAGAGAUCGGAACUCAACUCGUUGCAGACUUGUGUCAAAAGCUCAUUGACUCAGGCUACGUGAACCACUUGCAUUUCUACACCAUGAACUUGGAGAAAUCCACCCUCAUGUUGUUAGAGAAAUUAAACCUCGUGGAUUGUGUUAAGGACAGUGCUCUCGUGUCUGAAGAUUUGCCCUGGAGGAAAUCCUUACAUCCCAACAGAUCUAAGGAGUCAAUUAGACCCAUUUUCUGGCAAAACAGGAAAUACUCCUACAUCUCCCGUACCUCCGGAUGGGAUGAGUUCCCUAACGGUAGAUGGGGUGAUUCUAGAUCCCCAGCUUUCGGUGACAUUGAUCUUUCUGCAUCUCAAUUGUUGAGACAGUCUCCUAAGAGAGCUUUCGAGCUCUGGGGCUGUCCACAAACCCUUGAUGAUUUGGCUGACAUCUUUGUCAAGUACUUGAAUAAGGAGACGAAUGCUUUGCCAUGGUCGGAUGGUCCUAUCGGCAGCGAUACUGACAUUUUGAAGGCCUCUUUAAUUGAGUUGAACCGUAAGGGUUACUUCACUUUGAACUCACAGCCUGCUCUUAGUGCUGUCCGUUCUAAUGAUAAAGUUUAUGGUUGGGGUCCAAAGAACGGGUUCUUGUACCAAAAACAAUACUUGGAAUUUCUUGUACAUAAAGACGUGGCAGCCAAGUUGUUGGAGGCUGUUGAAGCACACAACACCGCUGAUUCUACUGGCGUGAUCACUUACUAUGUAGUGGACAAGACAGGCAACUUGUCUACGAAUUCCAAAGACGAAGACAUCAAUGCAGUCACAUGGGGUGUCUUCCCAGGUGAAGAGAUCUUGCAGCCAACAAUUGUCGAGAAGAACUCUUUCUUAGCUUGGAAGGAUGAGGUUUACCACCUUCUUGAUGAAUGGGUAAGCAUUUACAAGAGUAAAGCAAUUCAAGAACUUGUUCCCCAAGAGCAACUUGAAAAGUUCUACGAAAUGUUAGCCUCUUUCUCUGACAAUUAUGUUUUGUGCAACUUGGUCAACAACGACUUCACCAGCGCUAACAGCGUAAUGUUCCAAUUGUUGGAGAGCGUGAGUGCCUGA